UUCGUAAGGUAGAAUAUGCUACAAGUUAGCCGCUUAUCUAGUCAACUUUAAUAAGCAAAUUAUGCAUGGCGUCUAAUUAACGUCUGCAAUAACGUGUUGCUGCCCAUCUGAAAGCUGAAUGGUCGUUUCAGCUUUGAACAUCUUGAGCGACUUAACUCACCUUUCAUUACUCAAACUCUGGUGGUGUCUCGUGGGCAGUUUAUAACCAGCGUGAUCGACCAGCAAGAUGAGCAGGUUACAUGACACCAUAGAGCCCAGUGUGGUGAACGAGGAGAUGCUGCAAAAGGCUAUUGUGGAACAGGGUCCACAAGGCCCAGCAGGGCGCAUUGCUAAAGAGGAGGGCAUUGAAUUUGACGAAGUAACUCAGUUGCGUCUGGAAUUCUUAAAUAUUUUAAAGAUAGAUCAUCUAUGGCAGUUUACAGCCUUGACAAAGCUUCAACUUGACAACAACAUCAUAGAGAAGAUUGAAGGAUUAGACAGCCUUGUCAGUCUUGUGUGGCUUGAUCUUUCCUUCAACAAUAUUGAGAAAAUUGAGGGACUUGAUAAACUGGUUAAUCUUCAGGAUCUGAGCCUAUUCAACAAUCGGAUCUCAGUUAUUGAGAACAUUGAGACUCUUCUGAGCUUGCAGAUCCUCUCAAUUGGAAACAACUUCAUUUCUGAACUUGAUAAUGUGCUAUACCUCAGAAGAUUCAAAGACCUGCGUACACUUAAUCUUGCGGGUAAUCCUCUCUGCAAAGAGGAAAACUACAAAAUUUUUAUUGCUGCUUACCUACCGGACUUGGUCUAUCUCGACUACAGACUAUUGGAUGAAAAAACACGUGAAGCGGCAUUUGCAAAGUACCAGUACGCCAUAGAGGAGAAGAAACACAAUGAGGCUCAGGAACAGAAAGCAAAAGAUGAAAAAAAGAAAAUAGAGGAGGAGCUUCAGCUGCAUAAGGAUGCUUUUGUGGAGUACUUGAAUGGAUCUUAUUUGUUUGAGAGUAUGUUUGCAGACGAUGCUGAAGCAACCAAGUUGGCUCAUCUCCCUGGAGUGCCCACCUUAUUGGAGUCUUUCAAAAACCAGCUAGUGAAUCUGUGCACCCAGUUGUUUGAGGCUGGCUUAGCACAGCACUGGAGACGACAUAACGAGGUCGACACCUUUUUCUCUUGUUACCGAGAGGCUGUGAUUGACAACCAGGACAGGGCCGCCAAGCUAGGGGCCGAGUUUGAGAUUGUCCGGAGACAGAGGGUAAAUGAGAUGCACCAAAUGGCGGACAGUGUAAUGCUGGAUGGCCUGGUCGAUCAGCACAAUGAGGAGAUCAGCCAGCUCUACGAGGGCCUCAUGACCAUGGAGCUGCAGCUGGUGGAUCAGCUGGAGGAUAUCAUAAAAGAUUUUGAAAGGAACAUUUCAGACAUGAUUGCAGCAUUUCUGGAACAUGUACAAGGAAUAUUUGCCCAGUGCCGAGAUCUAGAGAAUCACCAUCAUGAGAAACUGUUGGAGAUCGCCGUAGCAACACUGGAGCGGAUAGCCAAGAAUGAGAUGGAGGAGGACAUGCCUGAUGAAGUCAGAAUGCUGUUUGUGGACAAGGACACAGUGACCAAUGCAGUCAGUGCCUCCCAUGACAAUCAUCUGCUCAAGAUAGACAACCGUGAGGACGCCUUUGUCACUCGCAUCAAUACGUGGCUGAGCGCGCUGAUGAAGACGAUACAUGCCAACGAGGGAAGCCGGAACCGUAAGCGCAUCUCAGAGAUUCUGAACUACGCAGACUAUGUGAGGGAGCAGAUAGAGAUUUUGCUCUCAAAUGAACAGCCGCUGAUCAAUGGACAGUAAGCUCCAACUGGAGCUGCCUAUAAUUAUCAACUCAUUUAUACUCAAUUACACUAAUAAAGCUGGACUGGUGUGUUGGA